CGGAUAAGAUUUCCGGCAAUAAAAACUGAAGCGUAUUAAAAACAAAAACAGAGCCAAACAACCAAGUCGCCAUGAAAGCUCUGUUGUGUUCCUAUAGGCAAGCUCUCCACCUCUCGGAGCCUCCGCCAUGGAAACCGAGAAGCCGAAUCAACGACUCAACAAUCACGAAGAAUCUCACCAAUCUCUCAAGAAUAGCCAGAGGCGACGUCCGAGUAAACGCCAAGGGCUUCACAGGUACUCCGGCGACGGCGAAAGAAAGAGAAGCCGCCGCAAGGAAAAUUUCCGGCCAAAACAACAGCAGCAACGACGACGACGAUGAAAUUUCAGAGGCCGUAUCCAACAGGAUUAUAACGAGAAUUUUGGCUUUCGUCGGAGUUCCGAUGGCGUUUGGUGUGGCAUUGCUAAAGAUUUUCGAGACGAUCAAGGAGCAGAAGGUGUGGGAUGUGCCGAUUUGGCUACCAUUUUUGACGACUUUCUUGACGUUCGGAGCUUCGACGAUCGGAAUCGCGUACGGCACGUUAUCGGCGAGUUUGGAUCCGGAGAAGGAAGGGUCGCUGUUCGGAUGGGAGGAGGCGCAGAAGAAUUGGGUUGAGAUGUGGAAGGAGGAAGACGAAGCCAGUCGCUGACUAAACUUAUGGCCUCUGUUUGGUCACGGAGAUAUCAUAUCCUGGAUUAGUCUGCCCCUUGUUCCGGUAUUGUAAACAAAAAUGCCUAAAUUGCUCUGUAAUUUAUAAUUUUUGUUUGGUAAUGGUGUUACGUUGGUCGAUAUCCCAAUAAGUCUAUUCGCAGGUCACGGAGUUAUCAUAUCCUGGAUUAGUCUGCCCCUUGUUCCGGUAUUGUAAACAAAAAUGCCUAAAUUGCUCUGUAAUUUAUAAUUUUUGUUUGGUAAUGGUGUUACGUUGGUCGAUA